GGUUGCGGGGGAGGUUUACGCAAUUUGGCAGCUGUCUGAUGAAUGUGUUGAGUGAUGUGAUGGCGUGAAUAGAAUAUUUUUUUCGUUUACAAAUUGAUUUGUUUCAUUAUCACUGAAAAUUUUACAUCAAAUAAAAACAUGUGAGCUAACAAUACUAAUCGAUUGCUAAUGAGAGUCUAGUGCUAGUGUACAAUGCUGAGACAAAACCUUCGCGCAGUCUGUAAGAGAAAGUGUCUCUAAUAGUAAAUAACGGGUCGAUAGAAAUAUGUCUGUCUCUGAUUUAUCUGUUGGAUGUCGUUUUGCCGAUUAUUUUGCGAUAUGCGGCCUCGACUUUGACUCUGGAUUGGAGCCUGAUAGACUUUGCGGUGAUAAUUUACAUGUAUCUCCUUUGGAUCGUUCCUACAAAGGCAAAAUCCUAGCCCACUAUCCUGAAAACAUAACAAGUAAUCCAUUUGAUGAACAUGCAGUUUGUAUGCUUUGUCUACCAGCUGGCCUUCAAUUUAGAACACAAAAACAUUCUUUAGAGCCCAAGUUUCACAGCUUUGUAGUCACAAGAGAGAAUGCAUCUCGAUACUAUGGAUUCAGUCUUAUUUUUUAUGAAGAAGUUAGGAACAGAAACAUCUGCAGUGCCAUGCAUACAUUACAGGCAAUGUAUAUCACAGAGUUAUCUAGUGGUCAGACUCCUCCUGGCCACAGAAAAGCUUCAGGCAAGGAAAGUUCCCGGUCGCUUCCAAGAUCUUUCAAACUCACGCCUCAUAGUGGUGCCGCACUGACAUAUUAUGAUAUUGCCAAAGACAAACUGUAUGUCGCCAAAAGUAUAGCACUUAUAUGUCAAUAUCCGUAUGUGAGAGUAGCACAGUUGUUUUUAGAAAAUUUAUUCAGAUCUCUCCCAAGGCAGCCCGGCCCAGGCCUCAGUCCUGAGUCUUAUGUUUAUAAUUUAUUAUAUGAAGUACCUGUGCCACUUCCCGGUCAAGCUUUACGACUAUAUGUGCCUCCCUCUGAACCUCAUUUGGAUCCAAUUCCUGUUGUGAUAAGAAUGCCAAAUCUCCCUGAAGAGUUACCUCUUUUGGAUUAUCCACUACGCGUUAUGUUUUCUACAUUAGGAGUUGAAUGUGUUGUACAACUUUUUACUUGUGUUCUACUGGAACAUCAAGUUUUACUCAGAUCAAGUGAUUACAAUAAACUAAUGCUGGUAGCUGAAUGCAUAGUAUCCCUACUACUGCCGUUUACUUGGGCGCACGUGUAUGUGCCAAUACUGCCGGCCCCACUCUACCACUUCCUCGACGCGCCAGUGCCAUUCGUCAUGGGCCUCCAUGCGGAUAGUGGGGCGAUGAAUAUGGGACCAAAUGGUCCCCGAAGUAUCGCGCUCGGCUCUGAGGCAGCUCUUUGUUUAGUUGAUAUUGAUAAACCGGACAUACAAUUGCCUGAAGAAUUGCCUAUAUUCCCACAUAGGACACCCUUCAUUGAAGAACUCAAUCAUGUUUUAGAUAAACAUCAGAUUCAAAGACCUGAAACUGAACCUACAAAGCUUGGUGUGCCUAUAAAUGGAACAUCAUACAAACAUAUGGGCGAUAGCAUGAGCAGCAGCUGUACUUUGCCAUCAGGUGGUCUACGUCGGAAACACUCAUUCCACGAUGUAUUGGAGUGGGAAGAAAGCAGGCCGCUCAAUGCAUCGCCUCCUGCAUCACCAACACGUCGCGCGCCGCUCCGAAUGGAUGCUCUGCAACGAAUUGUAGACAUCGUCAAACGCAGUGGUGUUAACAUAGAUGACGUAGAUGCGGACACAGUAAUGCCAACGACAAAGAAGAAAAUUCUCAAUGAUGAGGAACAAUAUAAUGAAGACAUAAGGUUCAAUGUUGCUAUAAGAGAAACAUUCCUUAAUAGAUUUGUGCACAUAUUUCUCAUGUACGAGAAUUUUGUUAUUAUGCCUGAUCAGGACCGUGAAUCGUGGCUGUCGUCCCGUGAGUCGAUGGUGAACUUCGACAAGGCAUCGUUCCUAUCAGACCAACCGCAGCGUCACAGGCCAUUCCUCUCGCGGUUCCUCGAGACACAAAUGUUCGCCACGCUGAUCGAUAACAAGAUUAUGGGCAACUGGGGAGAAUAUGAUGCCAACCUACAAGUCUUCGAACAUCGGAUCAAGACUGUCAGGCGGCGCAUCGGCGAGGGCGGGCUGGGCACGCGCGGGUACUGCGUGUGGGCGGGGGCGGCGGGCGCGGGCGGCGGCGCGGCCGAGCUGGAGGUGGGCGCGCCGGCCGAGCGCCUGCCGCACCGCGCGGCGUACUACCGCGCCUUCCCCGCGCGCCUCGACGCGCACGCGCUCACGCGCCCGCCCGCGCCCGACACCAGGACGAACAGUUUGAAACGUAUAAAGAAUGCGAAAUGGCAAGUGAAGGAUUGUCCUCCGGAGCUGUUGCUAGGGGACAUCAGUCGGAGGCUGUCUACAGAAGUGACGCCGGCAGCUAUAGCUCAGAACAACAGAGCCUUUGUAGAGAAGCUUCUGAAGGAAUGCAAAAGCAAAACGAAGAGGAUGCUGGUGGAAAAGAUGGGUACAGAAGAAUCUGAUCUAGGUUUGGGGUGUGAGGUAUCUAUAACUGGAGUCGAAGAAAGUACAAUGAUAGCUUCACUAUGCGACCUUCUAGAGCGGUUGUGGUCGCAUGGCUUGCAACACAAAAUGGGCAAGUCAGCACUUUGGAUGCAUCUCACCAAUUACCAAGAGUUAGAGCAGUGCAGCAAUUCUACCAAGCCCAUCGAUCCUAACUACCUUACUCCUGCUUUGGCUUGGUGUGUGUUGCGUAAAAGACUGGACUAUCUGUCGUCUGUGGGUGCUGAAGUAGAAGCUCAUCAGAGUACAAGUUCCGGGAGUCGCUCCCGAGAUAGUUCGCGAGGAGGGUCACGGGAUAGUUCCCGGGAUCGUCUCAGCAACUCGGGGACUUUGGAAAGAAAGUCUUCUCAACCUCCCAACCCUUUACGUCCGUUGCCAGAAAGUUUGACCUUCGAUAUGAGAAACGUACAAGCGAUGACCGACAUCAAAACAGAAAUAGGGUACGCCCGCGCUUGGGUGCGACUAUCCCUAGAAAAGAAAUUGCUAUCCAAACAUCUUCGAGAACUCCUAGCAGACACUACGCUACUUAGGUCUCAAUACAAAAGGACAGCUUUUCUUCGCUCUGAAGAAGAAAGGGAACAAUUCCUUUAUCAUCUACUCACAUUAAAUGCUGUCGAUUAUUUCUGCUUCACCAAUACUUAUCCCACCACAAAAUUGCCGUAUCGAGUCCUCAUCGUGCCAUCUCGUAAAGCGAGCCAAACAACUGCCAACUGUUGGAUCUCAAUAUCCGGAGCCAAUGGCGAAUCUACGCCUAAAAUACCUAUACCGCGUAACACUAAUGAAUUUGUUUUCCAUCAUAAAAAUCUGGGAAUUUUAUCAACGUUGCGCAUUGGACAUGACAACUCCGGACUUUCGCCGCGAUGGCUACUUGAUCAAGUCUAUGUGAGGAAUGAAGUUACUGGACAUACUUACACAUUCCCGUGCAACCGCUGGCUGGGUACGGGCGUGGACGACGGGUCUACGGAACGACUGCUGGUGGCGGCGCGCAUGCGCAGCGCUACGCGGGGCGGGGCGGGGGGCGCGCCGUCCCCCGCGCCCGCCGCCACGCCCACCACGACGCACCUGUCCACGUCCACCAUCCAGCACAUGAUCGGUGACUGCGUAAACGCGAUAGUAAAGUGGCACUAUCAGUCGAAGAGAGAAAAGGACGCAAACUCACUCAGUGUUCUGCUUUGUGGAGAAAACGGACUGGUUAAAUGCUUGGAACAAGCGUUCCUAUGCGGAUUCAAGUCUGUGAGACUCUUUGGAAAGAACCUUUUCAUUUGGGAUUAUUUUGCUAAGGUGAAAGACGAAUUCAAAAUGAGUCUCUGUGAUGAGCCAACAGCACAGAACAACAAGAGCUGUGGCAUGGCGUACAACUGCCGACAGGACCAGGAACACAGAGCCAUCUGGCGAUGUUACUGCCACCUUAUGGACGAGAUCAAUUCCGUCGGCCGUACUCUUGGCAAAGACGGGAAAUUCCAACUUUUCAUAUGCCUCAGUUUACGUGAGCACUGGCUACAUCGAAUGCUCGUACCGAUGUCGAUGACGCGCGUUACCAUCGAAAUGUACGAGGAACAGAGCUUCCUACGCAAACGCGGUCUUCUUACAUUCCUCAGGCAAAUACUCGAGCCAUUGGAUGAAUUCGAUAUUGUACUUGAACAUUCUCUCACGCAAGGCAUUUGAAUUCAUUCUAUUGUACAUUAUUUUAAAACUCGUGGUUAAACCAGUUUUAAUGGAAUCAUUCAAUGAACCAUCAAUUUACCACUACAAAAUAUAUUUUUAUAUGUAAACACAAAUACUCACUAAUCUGUUAUCUUUAUUUGAUAUUAGCAAUCAGGGUCUGAUUAUUUUGUAGUUUUAUUGUUAAGUUUUAAUGUGAUUAUUAUUUCUGUUAACUUGCCAGAUCAAUCCAAAGAUUUUAUUUUUUAUAGUAACGGUGCUUAUGUAUAAGUUCUUAUUAGUAGUAAAUUUAUUUUUAUAUCUAUAGUAACUAUUAGAGAAUACUCAAGGCUCGAGUUAUAACGAGCAAUUCUGAUAAAUUACACUGUCAAUGUUAAUUUGCUAAUAAUAAACUUUUGUCUUAUUUUAGUUGCAUAUACAAAUUUAGAUUUGUGGAUGAUAUUUGCUGCGUAUGUAGCAAUGCUGCACAACCUUAUUGCAGUAGCUCAUUGUGUACUCUGAACAUCUUGCAAUGAAAAUGUUGUUACAAUUUCACUGAAUAUGCUCAGAGAUGAGUUGAUUGUUGGUCAGUGUGAGCUUUAUCGUAUCUUACUUUUACGUAAUUUAAGAAGUAAGCAUCUGUAAUAUGAUGUUAAAGUUUAUUCUUCUAUUAAUCGUACUUCAGGUAUACAUUAAAGCACACAGUAAACUAUCCACCGCAUAAUUUUAAACUAUGAUUGAUACUUCGUAUGUGAUUAAGUUAGAUGUAAGUUGAACCAUUUUGUAAUGUGUGAUUUUCUAAGUCGAAUCUACAUAGCUAAAAAUGGUUAAACAAUAAUAAUUUGUAAGUUGUAGCUACAUAAUAUUCUAUCAAAUUAUCAAUUAUAUCAUACAUUUGCUGCUAGUGGAUUCGACAGAGAUCUCGAAAUAUCUAGAUAUUAGUGUGUACCCCAUUAUUUUGUCAUUUGUUUUUGAAUGCUCUUUUCGUCAUAUAUUAUUUAGCUGCAAAACUUUUUUGGUUACACGCGUUGCAUAGACUCAGUGAUUACACAGAGUACUAGACUGAUUUAGAGACGAUUCAUAUUCGUCUUUAAAUCAGGAUUUAGGAUACUGAUAAAUAGUGGGUGAUCUAUCAAACUUAAAUGAUAAAUGAUGAUUAUCAUAUUGCUUGUAUAUUUUAUCAUCGUUAUCAAUGUUCAAUUAUAACACGUGUUAGGCCCGGCCCCAGUUGUAGCGCUGCGUUACGUCGCGAUGACGCUACACGCUAUAAAAAAUAUAAUAGAAAUCGAAGCUGCGACGACGCAACGCAGCGCAACAGACAGUGGGGCCGGGGCCUUAGUUGGCUGUGCUAUAAAAUCACUAACAUCAGCUUUCACCCUCAUUAGGCAGCUUCAUUUAUGUUAUCCUCAAGCUUAAAAUUCAAUCUAUGUUUUCAGAAGCUCUCUUUUAUGUUAGUGUCAAAAUUUAUUAUGAAAAAUUAAAAGAUAUUAUAUAUUAUGUAAAACAUUCGUCCGGAAUAAAAGAUAUAUUUCUUAAAUUUUGAACCUAGUUAAUAUAGAUGUUGUGCACUGUAUGUGAAGCAUAAAUAUUUCAACUCAAUUGUAAUAUGUUAAGUUUUGCUCCCUUUUAAUGGUUGUUUGUAGUUCCUGCCGUCCUGCAUGUUCAUAAUUAUCAGUAUAAUAUUAUGCUCCUUAACUUUUACAAUAUCGCAUUAUGAAUAAUUAUUACAAUGAUGCAUAUUAUAUACAAUAAGUUUUAUUCUACAUUCAUUAAAACUCAUGCACGGAAAUUUGUGCCAAACAACUAUUCAGUAGUGAUAAAAACGUUCGUUUUUAUUUUUCUUUACCGUAUUUGUAUCUAUAUUAUUGUCACUUACAAAACAAAUCAGUUCAUAGUUGCAGAUAGAUGCAUGUAAAAGUCUGACCAUAUCUUUCGAUCAUGUAUACCUUGUAUGUGCAUAUUAGACAUAAAAAGCUGUUGUCAAACAAGAUUUUAGAAAAUAGAAAUAACAAAUUUGGAAAAACUCAAAGUAAAAAGAAAUAUUUUUCUGUGAAAAUCUGUCAUUUUAUGCUCAGAGCAUUAAUAAAUUGGUGAAUAACAUGAAAUAAUAAUUAUGCGUUCGAAGUAUCCCAUUAUGUGACUAUUUCUUCUAGCAUAUACUAGUAGUAGCAUAUUAUCACCAUGCAAGAAUUUGAUGUUUUUGUGUAUUCAUGAAAUAUGAAAACUUUACAUCAAUAGAAAAUAUACUAGUUCGACAGUUUACCAACUCUUAAAUUACAUUAGUGUAACUCAAAAACGAUAAGGAUUUUUGUCUGCAAGUCUUCCUGAACUGAUUUAAUAAAGCAAACUAUUACCAAAGAAUUCAAACUGAUUUUAUCUCUUACUGAAAAAUAUGGUUAUGUCUAAUAAACAAAGUUAUUAAACUCCAA